AAUUCAAACUUUUACCGCCCACUUUCUCCCUCCCGCCAGUGGCGAGACGGCGCCAAAGAUUUACUGACGGAAAGCAGCGGUGGGUCCGUUUGUCUUGCGGCGAAUACCUUCCGUUCUGAUUAAUAAACUGUCCUAAUACGGGGUACAAAGACCUGUAUAUAAAAGAUACUAUAAGUAACUAAGUGCCCGCCAUGUCUCCCUGUAGCGGUCCCAAAGUAACUCCCCGGCCAGGUACAUAAGGUGAAGAGGAGCGGCAGCACGGAAGAGCUGGUGCGCGCCGCUGCCGACACAGGAAAAGCAGAACAAAGGACCCGGAGAGCGCGGCUGGCCGAGGGGAACUGCUGGCGCCGGCUUCGUUUCCCUCUCUGCGCGCUGAUUGGCCCUCCCGCCUCAGAGCGCCGCUUCAGCCUCCAAUCAGGAGGACGUGGUUAGGCGCCGGUGUGGGUGUGGCUGAAGCCGGGGCUAGAGUGGGCGGGGAGAGGUGGAUCAGGGAGGUUAGUUUGGCGCCCGGGACCGGUGCUGCUGAGUGAGCCUGGUGGUCACAUAGUCGCUGGGGGGGACGGAGGAGAAGCGGCGGAAGAGGAGGACCGGCGGAGGAGACAUCUGCUCACACGAAUAAUCAUGGGCCAGACGGGCAAAAAAUCGGAUAAAGGACCAGUAUGCUGGAGGAAGCGGGUGAAAUCUGAGUACAUGCGUCUGCGGCAGCUCAAGCGGUUUAGACGAGCAGAUGAAGUAAAGGGCAUGUUUAAUUCCAAUCGUCAAAAAAUUCUAGAACGAACUGAGAUUUUAAACCAGGAAUGGAAACAACGAAGGAUCCAGCCUGUCCACAUUAUGACCUCUGUCAGCUCUCUACGAGGGACUAGAGAGUGCUCUGUAACCAGCGAUUUUGAUUUCCCAAAACAAGUGAUCCCUCUUAAAACCCUCAAUGCUGUAGCCUCUGUGCCUAUCAUGUAUUCAUGGUCUCCUCUCCAGCAAAACUUUAUGGUAGAAGAUGAGACGGUGCUGCAUAACAUUCCUUACAUGGGAGAUGAGGUAUUGGAUCAAGAUGGGACUUUUAUUGAAGAACUGAUUAAGAACUAUGAUGGAAAGGUUCAUGGCGACAGGGAGUGUGGUUUUAUCAAUGAUGAGAUAUUUGUGGAGCUGGUAAAUGCACUCAUUCAGUAUAGUGAUUAUGAAGAUGAUGAUGAUGGAGAGGACAAUCAGGAUGAUGAGCACGAUGACAAAGAAAAAGAUCAUGAAGACAGUCUGGACGACAAGGUGGCUUGUCUGCCACGGAAAUUUCCUUCAGAUAAAAUCUUUGAAGCAAUAUCAUCCAUGUUUCCUGAUAAGGGGACUACAGAAGAAUUAAAAGAAAAAUACAAGGAAUUAACAGAACAACAGUUGCCAGGAGCUCUACCUCCAGAAUGCACCCCAAAUAUUGAUGGACCAAACGCAAAAUCUGUGCAAAGGGAGCAGAGCCUACAUUCAUUCCACACUUUGUUUUGCAGGAGAUGUUUCAAGUAUGACUGCUUUUUACAUCCUUUUCAUGCCACUCCCAAUACAUACAAAAGAAAGAAUAAUGAGGGUGCAAAUGAUGGAAAACAUUGUGGACCUAACUGUUAUCAACUUUUGGAAGGAGCAAGAGAAUUUGCUGCUGCACUAACAGCAGAGAGGAUAAAAACUCCACCCAAACGUCCUGGUGGUCGCCGAAGAGGUAGACUUCCCAAUAGCACCAGCAGACCUAGCACACCAACAGUCAAUGUCUCAGAAGCAAAGGACACAGACAGUGACAGGGAAGCUGGAACUGAAACCAGUGGAGAGAGCAAUGAUAAAGAAGAAGAAGAAAAGAAGGAUGAGAUGUCAAGCUCCUCCGAAGCAAACUCACGUUGCCAAACGCCAGUCAAGAUAAAGCCAAAUAUUGAGGCCCCUGAGAACGUGGAAUGGAGUGGGGCUGAAGCCUCGCUGUUUAGAGUACUCAUUGGCACCUAUUAUGACAAUUUCUGUGCAAUUGCAAGGUUGAUUGGUACAAAGACAUGUCGACAGGUAUAUGAGUUCAGAGUAAAGGAAUCUAAUAUCAUUGCUCCAGUUCUUGCUGAGGAUGUAGAUACACCACCAAGGAAGAAGAAACGGAAACACAGGUUGUGGGCGGCACACUGCAGGAAAAUCCAAUUGAAAAAAGAUGGCUCCUCUAAUCAUGUUUACAAUUACCAGCCUUGUGAUCACCCUCGCCAACCCUGUGAUGGCUCCUGCCCCUGUGUGAUUGCACAGAAUUUCUGUGAGAAGUUCUGUCAGUGCAGCUCUGAGUGCCAAAACAGGUUCCCAGGCUGUCGCUGUAAAGCACAGUGUAACACCAAGCAAUGCCCAUGUUACCUUGCUGUGCGGGAAUGUGAUCCAGACUUGUGUCUCACUUGUGGUGCUGCUGAUCACUGGGACAGCAAAAAUGUGUCGUGUAAGAACUGCAGCAUUCAGCGUGGAUCCAAAAAGCAUUUGCUUUUGGCACCAUCUGAUGUGGCCGGAUGGGGAAUCUUCAUUAAAGAUCCUGUACAGAAGAAUGAGUUUAUCUCAGAGUACUGUGGAGAGAUCAUAUCUCAGGAUGAAGCGGAUAGAAGAGGGAAAGUGUAUGAUAAAUACAUGUGCAGCUUCCUCUUUAACUUGAACAAUGAUUUUGUAGUUGAUGCAACUCGCAAAGGCAACAAAAUUCGUUUUGCAAACCACUCUGUGAAUCCAAACUGCUAUGCAAAAGUAAUGAUGGUUAAUGGAGACCAUAGAAUAGGCAUAUUCGCUAAAAGAGCCAUCCAGACGGGUGAAGAACUCUUCUUUGAUUACAGAUACAGCCAAGCUGAUGCUCUGAAAUAUGUGGGUAUUGAGAGAGAAAUGGAAAUCCCCUGAUGGACCAGCUACCUCUUCUUGCAUCCCAUGCCUUACCUUCUUCAGGAAUUUCUAAUACUGGCGCAAUUUUAGCUACAAAGAAUGACAUGAAAAAUGCGUGGAAGUUCUGAAUUUACUGAGUACUGUAUAACUAAUUUAUAGUGAUGUCAAAAACAGUUUAUUCAGUUUUUUUUGUACCAGUGAAUUUUUGGCAAUAAUAUAUUGUGGUACAUCUCCCACCUCAAAUAAAAUAUACUUGAACUUCUCUAUUACCUGUAUGCAAGAUUUACUAAGGACCAGUCACUCACAUGAGGUGAUUAUAUCAUUGAAUAUUGUAUGUGCUUUUUCUCCUGCUAAUAGUAUACUGGGAAACCA